AAAUUAUUCUUAAAUAUUCCAAAUACCACCUGACAAUGACGAUUCUUCUGUAAAUAUAGCGUUAGGUUAAAGAAUAUAUGCUUCUGAGUUAGUAAACGAAGAAAUUAAAUAGAAAUGGUAUAAACAUAAUUUCCAUAUAAAAGGUUAUUAUGAUAAAGUUAAAUAAUAUUCAUAUAAUCCUUUCCUAAAUAACACUAUAGACACAAGAACCUAUUAUGCUUUUUCGAAAUUUUUUAAUUAUUUAAAAUAAAAUAAUAGAACCGAAACUUCUUAUUUCUUCACGACGUGGAUUUUGGACUUUUCGGAGGAAAAAAAAGACGUUAUGUAUAUCCCUUUACACGUAAAUAACGUUGAUGUUAGUGUAAAUGCUAAUAUUUUAUAUGGAUUGAACAAUUUUUUAAUAUGGGAGUAAAAUAUUACAUUAAUAGAAGAUGUUUUUGACUAAAAAUUAUAGAAUAUGUAUAUUUUAAGUGCUGAAUUAAUACAUUAUGUGCUCCAAAAUAAUCUUACAGAAACACAUCCUGAUAUAAUUAUGCUUUAUUAUCCCUCCAUUAAUGACUUUUAUUGGUUUAUAGCUCGAAAUGUAUAUCUAUUAAAUAGCUUUUAACCUAAAAAAGACUAUAAAGUGAUAAAUUAAGCUCGAUAAAUUCUCACAGAAGCCAUGAGAAAAUACGUAACUCCUAAAAUAAUAUCCGAAAUGAAAAAAGAUGACAAAGAUAACUCAUAUUGGGAUUAAUUUUUAGGAAAUUAUGCAAAUAAAACUCGAGGCGAAGACCGAAAUUUCGCUACUAUAAUGAAUUUAAAUGCAAUAAUAGACUCUUGGACUAUUGGAGAUAAAAAAGAACGAUCAUAUAUAAAAGAAACAACUAAAGAAUUAAAAUAAAUAAUAAAAACGGAAUUUAAAAUUUACUUUAAAAAAACACUUUCAAUAAUAAUAAUAUGAAUUCAUUUUUUUCUGGUAGUUUUAAAACAUAUUCUUCAAUUAUAUGGAAUUAUCCUGCUAAUUCGGCUACUUUUAAUAAUGGGACUACUAUUGAUCCGUUUAAAAAUAUUACAAGUGAUCUUUUGGAUAUUUAAUAUGCAGUUAAAGGGUAUGUUGAUUGAGAUUAAUAUCAAUAAAUGAUCAAAAAUCAUACUUUUAAUGGAAUUCAUACUGUAGAGUAGUUUUUAGGAUAUAAUGUAUUUAACUUUACUUGGCCUUAUUGGUAAUCGGAUGCUAUUACUUUUUCAUUAGGAA